AGAUGCCGAAAACGCCCUCGCUAAGGAAAAUUAUGAUGAAUGUAUUGAUUUAGUAUCUAAGGCUAUAAUAAUUUCACAGCGUUCGGGUCAAUUAAGGUUAAUGAGGGCGGAAUGCCAUUUGGCAAAAGGCGAAAUAGAGGAAGGCGUCAGAGAUUUAUCGUCAACUUCACAACUGAAUCCAAACAAUUUAGAUCUCUUGGUCCGUCUCGCUAAACUUAAUUAUUUUACAUUGUAUAAUCCUGUACAAUCAAUACAAUAUGUUAAACAAUGUACAAGAAACGAUCCAGAUAAUAAAAUAUGUAUAAAACUUAAUAGAAAAAUUAAAAAAUUCGAAGAUGGUGUAGAAAAGGUUUCAAAAGAUAUUGAAGGACAAAGAUUCUUAUCAGCUACUAAAAAGUUAUUCGGUACAAAAGAAUCUAAAGGUCUUAUUAAAGAAGUUGAUGAAGAAUUAAUAACAUUAUCGGAAGGUAGACAAAAGAGUGAAUUAUUAACUAAAUUAUAUGGUUGGGCAUGUAAAGCAUUCGGCGAAGCAGCAAAACGAGAGACGAAGAACAAAGGCAAAUUAUUUAAAGAUGCAUGUAAAUGGUGUAGUGAGACAUUGAAAUUCGAUGAAAGGAAUGCAGAGGCUUUGAUAUAUCGUGGUGAAGCAUAUCUAAUGGAAGAAAAUUAUGAGGGAGCAAUGGAAGAUUUUAAGAAAGCACAUGAUUUAACACAAGGACAAGAUGAUCGAGCAAAAGUCGGAUACCAAAAAGCAAGCCGUAUGCUUAAACAAUCAAAGAAAAAAGAUUAUUAUAAAGUGUUAGGAGUAUCAAGAACGGCAAGUAAAAAAGACAUUAAAAAAGCUUAUAGAAAAUUAGCUCAAGAAUGGCAUCCUGAUAAAUAUAAGGGUGAUUUGACACCCGAUCAAGUUCAGGCUAAAAUGUCUACUAUUAAUGAAGCUUAUGAAGUAUUAAAUAAUGAUGAAUUAAGAGCUAAAUUCGAUAACGGAGAUGAUCCAAAUGAUCCAAAUGGUGGAGGACAACCAUUCUUUUAUAAUGAUAAUAAUCCGUUUAUGCAAUUCACUGGAGGAUUUCAAUUUAGUGGAUUUCCUUUUGGAGCUUCUGAAGGUGGCGAAG